GAGCCUGCCUGCAGGGAGGAGACUCCCCGCUCCGCACUGGACAUCCAGCCGGUCGGCCGAGAUGGGCCAGAGCCGGACGUGAGGAGGCCCCCCGGCGGAGCCCCGCAGGGUAGCCUCUGGGAUGCUGGGAAGCCACUGUGCCUGAUGGAGAAGAGACGAAAGGGGAGCCUCCCAGCCCAGAGAUGCCCUUCUGCCAUGGCCGGUGCCCCCAGAGGCCAGGCCCCUGCCCUGCUGGGAAUGGACGGGCUGCUGGUGGUGAAGGUAGAAGAGGAGGAGGAGGCUGCGUAUGUGGAGGUGCCUGACCCUGAGUCCUGGAGGCAACGUUUCCGCCGGUUUGGACAUGAUGGUGAGGCAGCAGGGCCCCAGGAGGCCCUGGCCCAGCUCCGGGAACUCUGUCACUGGUGGCUGAGACCAGACAUCCACACCAAGGAGCAGAUACUGGAGCUGCUGGUCCUGGAGCAGUUCCUGACCCUCCUGCCCAGGCAGGUGCAGGUCCGAGUGAGGGAGGAGCAGCUGACUAGGGGCGAGGAGGUGCUGGGCCUGCUGGAGGGGCUGGACCACGUGCUGGCAGAAAAUGGCCCACAGAUGUCAGAAAUCCUACCGUGGUCUCAGGAGCGGCUGAACAGAGACUCUGGUGUGGAGAUGCCCCCAGCCAGAGCUGUGUAUCAGCCUCCAACAGGAUCCUCCCCCGUGGCCGUGGCAGGCUUAACCUUUGCUGAUGUGACUGUGAGCUUCUCAUGGGAAGAGUGGGGGCACCUGGGGCCUGGCCAGAAGGAGCUCUACAGGGAUGUGCUUUGGGAGAGCUAUGGGCACAUGGGUGCCCUCGGAAUACCUGUCCCCAAACCAGACCUGAUUGCCUUGAUUGAUGGAGAGGAGGAGGCCAAAGGUAGGCAGCUCUGCUUGGCUGGGGAGGAGAGCAUGCCAGGAGAGGCCCACUCAGGCUGUGGGAAGAGACUCUGUAAGGGGGAUCCUCAAGAGAAAGGACCCCGGUCUACAGCUCUGCAAGCUGCCACCUCCCUUCAGGACCAGGCAAAGUCACCAAGGCAGGAUGUAAGGAGAAGGGCUUCUGUAGAGGGGCCAACAAGCCCCUGCAUCCCCCCUGCUCCUCAGAAAGAUCUUGUGGCUGCAACCAUCCCAACUAUACAACUCCAACUGCCCCCUAUAAAAGGGGGCAAAGGGAAAGCCCAACAGAGACCUCUUCCCAAUGAGGGAGGGGCUCCUCGCUGCUUGGAAGAGAAGAGUGCCUGGAAAGACCUCUCAGGUCUGACCAAGGGACCCAAACAAUACAGAUGUAGGGACUGUGGGAAAAGCUUCCAUUGCAAAUCUCCACUUGUGCGCCACCAGAGGACGCACACGGGCGAAAAACCUUUUAAAUGUCCUGACUGUGGGAAAGACUUUAGCCAGAGAUCCAAUCUGAACAUCCACCAGAGAGUUCACACCGGGGAGAAGCCCUAUACCUGCGCUGACUGUGGGAAAGGGUUUAGCCACCAGACCACGCUUCGUAUCCACAGGCGAACCCACAUGAAAGAGAAGCCCUACACAUGUACUGAGUGUGGCAAAGGCUUCAGCCAGACAUCCCACCUGCACGUCCAUCAGCGCGUCCACACAGGCGAAAAGCCCUACAAGUGUCUCGUCUGUGGGAAAGGCUUCAAACAGAGCUCCAACCUGCAGGUCCAUCAGAGAGUGCACCGGGGAACAGUGUCCUCCAGUCGCCCAGAGUGAUGCCCAAGAGCCCCAAGGCCUUCUACCUCAUUCAUUCAUUCAGCAGUCCUUACUAAAAGCCUGCUUACUGUUGGCUUGUGUCAUGUCAUGAAGACAAAAAGAAAAGUACCACAGGUCUUCCUCUGGAUGAGCUUAGAAUCUAAGGGUGGCAAGGAGAAAGCAACGUGGAUAAAAGGCCAUGAGCUUUACCAUAAAGACUGUUGUAUUUUGGGUUAGAGGACCCAGCUCAGCUGCCUCCUUCCUGAGCCAUCCUUAACCAUGGCAUCCAUUUCUCUGGUCCUCCCUCGGUCUCCUCUACAAAAUGUGGGAGCUGGGCAGAACAACAGUGGGACCAGAUGGAAGGAAGGAGUCCUGGGUUCGAAGUCAGAGAACCCCACUUAGAAUAUCAGCCCUGCCAUGUGCUGACUUCACUUCUCUGGCCCUCAGGGUUUCCCCUAUAAAUGUAAGGCGUUGGUCCUGGGUUAAGUUCUCACUAUUCCACUAAAACGGCUUGAAAAAUUGGAAAGCGGUCUGGCAGAAAAUAGGCAUGGAUUGACAUUUCACACCACAUAGCAAAAUAAGCUCCAAAUAAAUACAUAACGUAGACAUGAAAAAUGACAAUAAUCAAAUUAGGCGCUCAGCAAAGAAGUUCUAUAGAGGGGGGAAAUGUUCACGACCCAACGAGGGAGAUGAUCACAGAGGACAAAACGGACAAUUGUGACAAUAUAAAAAUGUCUUAGUACAAAGAAAAUCCAGGUAGUUAAAAUUAGAAAGGAAUCAGAGAACUGGGGGAAAAUCUCUGUGGCAGUUUCCUCUGAUGAAGGUCUCAUUUUCAAGAAAUAUAAGGAACUUAUUAAAAUUUAUACAAAAGUAUUUGAACAGGGAAUUCUCAAAGAAAGAAAUCCAAACUAUCUACAUAUAAAAAUGCUUCAAAUCACUAAUACUUAGAGAAAUAACAAAUUAAGGCAACUUGGUCUCUGCUUCAUACCCAUAAAAGGUUACAAAAGAAGAAAAUGACACAUGUUGGAGGGGCUGUGGGAAAACAGGCACCCCAAUGCAAUGUUGAUGGAACUGUGAAUGAGUGGCCAUUCUGGAAAGCAACAUGGACCUUUGCCUACCUAGGAGUCACCAAACUGUGCAUAUCCUUUGUCAGUGAUACCACAACUUGUCAUAUGCCACCCCCCCAGACCAAAGUAAGGAAAAAGGCCCAUAUACAUAUAUAUAUACAUACACACAAGAAAAAUAUGGUACCUUUUCCUGUAGGGCAAAAAAACCCAAUCCAAACCCCAACCCUGGAAACUAAGGUGGUGCCCACCUAUGGGAAUGGCUAAAUAAAUUACCGUAUGUGAACAUAAUGCAAUAUUAUUUUGCCACACGAAAUGAUUAAAUAGACAAAUUUACAGGAAACUGUGAAGACCUUUCUGAACUGAUGUACUAUAUAGUGAAGUGAAUAAUUUAUAAGAUAACAGCAUUAUGAAGAGAGACAAUGUAAGACUGAAGAGUUCCGAGGCAGUAACAAAGCAGGAGUCCAGAAGGGCCAAUAAUGAAGCAUGUUUCCCACCUCUUGACAGAGAGGUGAUGGACUGAAAACAACACAUAUGUUUUGGACACAGACAAUAGGAAUUUGCUUUGCUUGACUAUGCAUAUUUGUUACAAGGAUUUUGAUUUUCUUUGUUCAGUUGGGAGUGGGAGAGAGAAAAUAAAUGCUUUAAAUUGGAAAAAAGAAAAUUAAAAAAAAUUUUGUGGGUGGAUUCCAAGCUCUAAGAUCUUUUAUCAUAUGACUGAGAGUUCUGUCAGGUUCCUUCCUGCUAUUAAUCCUACACAUUAUGAAAUAUGAGAGUGAGGUAAAUGCACAUGUGAGGUCCAGUUGAAGGCUUAUGGAAAAUUAGAGAGGGCAGUUCUAUGUGAUAGUGGGUAAGGAAUCAGGGAAGCCUCCAAGGAGGAGGUGGCCCCUGAGCAAGGCUCAGAAGAGAGGAACUUUACCAGAUGAAUGCGGGAGAAGAGCUUUUCAGGUAUGAGAGAUGAGAUGAACAAAGGAGAGACAAAGAUGAGAAAUAAAGGUUGGAGGUUAGUUUGCUUUGGCCAGAACACUGAAUGUGCAAAGAGGAGGGGGGAUGAGCCAGAACUAGGAAACUUGGGUGGAACCAGAGCGUGGAGGGCCUUGAAUCCCAGGAUCAAAAGUUUAGACUUAUGGGGAACCACAGUCUUCAAAGGUCACAGAGGAAAGAGAGGAUCCCGGUGCACAAAAUGCUUCAAGGGAAUUCCACACUGGAGCCAGAGGAGAUGCUCAAGAAUUAAAUCCUAAAGAUAAAAAAGGAAAGAAUUCCAGUGAGGAGGAAAAAUGGGAUGUGUCUGAAGAUGCCAGUGUGGAUGCAUCAGGAGCUCACCAUCCAAUACAGAUGAUGGGAAAGAAUUCACAGAAGAUGGGAGUGAGAUUAGGCAACAAGAUUAUAUAUCUCUUAUAAAAAGAGCUUGAGGAACAUGAAAGAUUAGAAUGAGCUCAACCUGAUGAAGGAAGCCAAGGACAUCAAAAAGGACGCUGAAAGCUAUCUUGGAAGAAAAAGGACUGGAGAAGGGGUAGCUAGGAACGUUGCUCGGGGAAUGUGGGAUGAAGAGGUCUUAGAGAAAGCAGAACUCCAUUCUUCUGUUUCUAUUUUUCUGCCGAGGAGAAUUACCUUGCCAAUCAAUCGAUCAAUAAACAUUUAUUCUAGCAAUGAACAUUUACACUGGAAAUAAUAAAAUGAAAACGUUUCAUAGGGAGUUGAGAGCCAAGAUAAGUAAGAAGACAGCAAGAGAACACCUUGAAAGCUGCCCUUGAAUUCAAGCCACCUGGUCCUGAUGAACUUCAUCCUCAUGUCCUGAAAGAACAGGAAAAUUUGUUGGCUGAACCACUGUAGAUGUUAAUCGAAAGAUCAUGGAAACUGGGAGAGGUAUUACAUGAUUGGAGAAGGCUGAGUGACCCGAUUUUCAAAAAAGGGAAAGGAAUAGUCUGCCAGUGCACUUGACCUUGACUGGAAUUCCUGGGAAAAUUCUAGACCAGAUCAUUACACGGUUGGCGUGUAGUCAAGAAAGGGAAGCAGGGGAGGCAGAUGGGCCAGAACAACCCCUGACCUACCCUUUCUGGAGCACUACCCAGAGCAGCAGCAGAAAUCCUUAGCAUGUAUUGUUGUUUUCUCUGGGUGUGAGUCCGAGUCCUAUUUGUUUCCAUUAAAAAUAUAAAUAAAAUUAUUCAUAUUUUGAAAACAAAAAUGAGA